CGUCAUCGUGUGGAUGGGCGGCGCACGGAGGGAGAGGAAGGAGUGUGUUUUCCAGCUUUAAAACCACCGCAGCCGGCUCUUCUGACAAACCGCGCUGCGUAAUCCAACUGUGGAGAUUUCUUAAAGAACCUUUACCGCUCCGAAGCGAUCCAAACUCUCCUCAACACCGCCCAAAAGCUGCCACUCUCCUCUCCGAUCCAUUUAUUCCUAUUGCUUGUUGUUCAAAGUUUAUUGUUCUAUUUAAACUCUGAACGAAUUAUGCCUGAUGGUGCAUAAAGUAAAGCAGUGUUGUAUUUUUGAAUAGUAUUGCCGGUGAAGACAUUAUUGCGCGUCGCGCAGCGGGACGAAGUCGCGCAUCGCUUGUUGAAUGCAGGAUACCUUCAACCUGAGCGUCAAAGCCAAGUUCAACUUCCGAGCAGAAGCCGGUCAGGAGCGGGGACUCCAGCUUCUCACCUCUACGGCCGCCGACAUGAAGUCUGCAGAAGAAGAUGCAUACAACUACACACCAAACAUCGGUCUUUCAGUUGGCAUGGGCAACCCAUGUCUGUCGACGCAGUACCACACAUUGCAGGCCAGUCCUGUCAUCCCAGUUUCCUCUUGCCACCAGACUGGUUACAGUGUGCAAAAUGACAACCAUGCUGUGUCAGGUUAUUACCUGCCUCAAGGCUUAAGACCCAACGGAGCUCCAGCCCUGGAAAGCCCUCGUAUAGAGAUUACUGCCUAUAGUCAAUACCCAGAGGAUGAAGUAGAAGCCAGCAGUAGAGAAGAUCAAAUCAUCAAACGAGGCGUCAACUCAGUUGUCACACUGACGUUGCCGAAUGUUGAUGGGUAUCGUGACCCCAGCUGUCUAAGUCCUGCAAGCAGCAUAUCCUCUCGCAGCUGUAACUCAGAGGCCUCAUCCUACGAGUCCGGCUUUUACAACUACGACAAUUCUCCGCAGAACUCCCCCUGGCAGUCUCCCAGCGUUUCACCAAGAGGGUCUUCCUCACUUCUGUCUUGUCCACAUGCCGUCGGCCCUGCAGCCUCUCCUCACCAUUCACCCUCCAACUCCCCUCAAAUCGGAGCUAUGGCAGAGGAAGGAUGGCCAGCACAACCCCGUGGUUCUCGGCCAAACUCCCCUUCUUGCAGUGGAGUUAGUGGAGGCAAUAGCGCUGGUAUGGGAAAGAGAAAGUACAGUUUCAAUGGCUCCUCUUACCAGCAGACAUCAUGCUCACCCAACCAGUCACCCACCCCCUCUUCACAUGGUUCUCCAAGGGUCAGCGUCACAGAUGAGAACUGGCUUGCCAACACCAACCAGUACACUAACUCAGCAAUUGUAGCGGCUAUUAAUGCUCUCACCACAGAUGGAGUGGUAGACAUGGGGGAAGGAAUCCCAAUCAAGACACGGAAGACCAUGCUGGACCUCUCUCCCUCCAUGAGUCUUAAGGUGGAACCAGGAGGUGAGGAGCUGGGUCCAGAAGGGGGACUUCGACAUGAAGACUACCCUUCCCGCCUUACUCUUAAAAAGGAGAAUUAUUGUGGAGGUUUCCUGGAUGUGCCCCAGCAUCCAUACUCCUGGCCUAAACCUAAGCCUUACCUCAGCCCUUCUCUGCCAGCUCUUGACUGGCAGCUGCCGUCCUGCUCCGGUCCGUACAACCUGCAGAUUGAGGUGCAGCCAAAGUCCCACCACAGGGCUCAUUAUGAGACGGAGGGAAGCCGAGGAGCCGUGAAGGCACUGUCUGGGGGACACCCUGUGGUUCAGCUUUAUGGUUACAUGGAAAGCGAGCCGCUCACCCUGCAGCUUUUCAUCGGGACAGCAGACGAUCGCCUCCUGCGACCACAUGCCUUCUACCAGGUCCACCGCAUCACCGGCAAAACCGUCUCCACUGCCAGCCACGAAGUCAUGCAAUCCAACACAAAGAUUCUGGAGAUCCCUCUACUGCCGGAAAACAACAUGAGAGCCAUAAUUGACUGUGCAGGAAUCCUGAAACUGCGCAAUUCCGACAUCGAACUACGCAAAGGAGAAACAGACAUCGGGCGGAAAAACACCCGCGUCAGGUUGGUGUUCCGUGUGCACAUCAACCAGCCCAACGGCAGAACGGUGUCUCUACAGGUUGCCUCAAACCCUAUCGAAUGCUCCCAGCGCUCAGCUCAGGAGCUUCCCUUGGUGGAGAAGCAGAGUGUGGAGAGUUAUCCUGCCACUGGAGGCAAAAUGAUGAUGCUUGGUGGUCUCAAUUUCCUUCCUGAGUCCAAGGUGGUGUUCGUGGAGAAGGCACAGGAUGGGCACCAUUUGUGGGAGACAGAAGCCAAGGUUGACAAGGACUCCAUCAAAUCUACUACUCUUGCUGUGGAGAUCCCACCCUACAGGAAUCAGAGAAUAUCCAAUCCAGUGCAAGUUAACUUCUACGUAUGCAACGGCAAGAGGAAGAGGAGCCAGUACCAACGCUUCACCUACGUGCCUGCAAACGUACCAAUAAUAAAAACUGAACCCACUGAUGAGUAUGAUUCUCUUGGAAUUGUCGGGCUGUCUAUGCAUUCAAAGCCCUACUAUGGCCAGGCCAGGCUGACCUCCAUCAUGCCUGUUGCUGAACCUGACCCCUGCCUGGUUGGUGGCUAUCCUUCUUGCCCACCUUGCCAUGCUGCCAUCCCACCUUCAUCUCCCAGCUCAAGCCCUACCUUGCAUAAUCUGUCCCCUGUUGCAUACAACAAAUGCCUCCCCAAUAGCCCAACUCAUGUCACACCACCAGGCUCUGUCGUACCCAGAAUUCAGGAGACUCCUUGCUGCCCAAACCUUCCCCACCCAUCGUCACCAGAUCACAACUCGUCCCUAGCAAUGCUCCACUCCCAGGGCAGCCCGGACCCCCUUGGUUACCACCAUUCCAUCUAUACUAACAGUAGUUCCUCGUCCUCCCCAGUGUCUGACCCUUCCACUCCUGGUGGGCCAGCAGAGACACCAUUUUUUCAAACGUACAGCCCCAGCCAGGCAGAGGCAUCAGGCAACAUAGCCCAGGCUGCAGGGAAUCCGCCCAGCCUGCUAACUGAAGACACCAGUCCACCAUCAACGGCCAUCACCAUCAAGCAAGAGCCCCAGGAACUGGAUCAGAUGUAUCUCGAUGAUGUGAACGAGAUCAUCAGAAACGACCUGUCCAGCAUUUCUGUACACACUCAUGCGUAGAUGUCCAGAUGUCUUCUGCUGCAGCACAACCCCACACUGACACACCCACUCAUACACACACACUCCAGCAGCAACAUCAGCCAAAGGACAACACAAAAAAACUAGAGGUCCAGAUGAUGAAGAAAAAAUACUUUGGGGAGGAUCUCCUGGGUGUCUCCUGGGUGCCUGGGUGUCAUUACCGUCAGGUUCCUUCUGUGUUUUGUUUACUCAGAAAGUGGCUACAGACUUUAACUGACAAUCGCCCGCAAGCUCUGUUUGAAUAAACAAGGUGAAUGUCAUAUUAAAAAAAUUUGAAAAAUAAGGGAAGUGAUAUCAGGGGCAAAGUAUGUGACUAAACUUGCCUUAAUUCACAGCAGAUGUUCUAUUAGUGGUCCAAGCAGUUCAAAGAGACUGAAAUAUUUCUUUGAAAAUGACAAUCCUCAUUUUUACAAGUCUAAUGCAUGGACAGGAUAGUGUCAGGCUUCAUCACUUUGAUUCAUUGAGCAACAACCAAACUGGUGCCUUACUGCAGUCCUACUGACAACAAACAGCAGCAGUCAUGUGCUGAUGGUUCACCGAAGCCCAAAGCAGACAUUUUUAUAGAACUUUUUUUUAUAUCAUUUCAAUGAUUUGUUUACAGAACAACAGAGAAAAAGGUUCUAAAAUAUGUUGGAUGUGUAUGAAUUCAUGAUAAUCACUUUCUACCUGCUUUCCUAUAAAUAUUCUUAUGAUCUUUUUUUCAUGUAUGCUGAAUGUUAUGUAUUCUAAUUCUUUUGUAUACACAUAUCUGAUAAAAAAAAAUGUAUGCCUUAUGCUUGUAUCAUGAACCGUUCCCACUUUUUCCCCUUCGCUAUCUUCAGUUUUAUAUUUUGCUGGUCACCUUAGUGCCUUUUGUUUUUCAAACUCACCCUUACUCUGUCUUCCAGUCCUCGUCCCAAGUCAUAUUGAUGCAAAGACAAUCAGAGAAUUUAAAGUACACAUUUUAUGACAGACGUUCCUUAUUAGCAGCAUCUUAUAAAGGCAGUUGUUGCCGUUGACCUUUUCGAGGAUUUAGUUGAACAACGGUAUGCUUACCUGCUGAAUUUUGAAUACUGUCUGCCACUUCUUGCGCUGCAGGGGUGCCUGUAAAUAGGCAAUAAGCGUUUGGGGAUUUUUUGCAUCACGAGCUCAGUUCUGUUCACCAUCUGGGUAAUUUUAGAGGAGAUGGCUGGAUUGUUACUUAAUUAGAAGGUGGCAAUAAUUGAUCUUUGUCAACCAAAGGAUUUUACCUUUGGUGAAGUUAUUGUCCAAGUUUCUUUUUUUCUGUAUGAGAGUCAGUGUGUGUCACGGUUUUCUUGUACAUCAAAUAUUAUGCACUUUACAGCAGACUUUCUUUCCUCCAGACCAAAUAUUGUAGAGUGAUUCCCUCUGGCGUGUCACAUAUCAAUUCUUGUCUGUAGCCUUCUUCAUGUUAUUUGUGGUGCAUGCACACCAUACUGUUGCUGGAAAUCAUUUAGCUGAUAACAUCCAGAAUAGCUUCACUAUAAAUUUUUGGACAUAAUCCAGAAUAGCAUGACAAAACUAUAUGAAAAAUAUUUCUGUUUUGUGCCUUACUCUCUUCCAUGGCUUAAAAAUUGUUGCAACUAUGUAAAACCUUCCUCUUUAGGCACAAGGUGAAACAUUUCUCUUAAAUAUGACAUAUUUAUGAAAAAGUGGAAUUUGUUUAAAGUGAUUUUAAUUGAUGUGUUCUCUAAAAAUUAAUAAAGAAAUCACACAAUGGUGAUCACAAAUGUU